AUGACACGAAUCUACUGGCUUAGCCUUUUGCUUUGCUUUUGUUCUCUUCUUCCGCUGUCCUCGGCUGACAGCUGCUGGCGCGAUACCUCCUGCUCGGGACCCGCGGACACUGCUUUCAGCGGACCGUGGGAGAAGAACAUAUUUGCACCAGGCUCUCGAACAGUACGUCCAGUGUCGACACUAUCGGAACUGAGAAACAAUGCAAACACCGAAUCUUCUCAUCCGUGGAAAGUAGCCCUAAGUGGCAAUGGUUCUUUGAUCGUGUUUGACUUUGGCAUUGAGGUUGGUGGAAUCGUCCAUCUGAACUAUACCUCUACCGGCAAGGCAGCACUGGGGCUGGCUUUCUCAGAAGCCAAAAACUGGAUCGGGGAGUGGUCAGACUCUUCGAGCGCUCUGUACCACGAUGGUGCUUUAUACGCAAAUAUCUCUUCUUCCGGGACUGGCAGCUAUACCAUGCCAGACAAAUAUCUGCGCGGUGGAUUCCGCUAUCUGACCGUCUUUCUCAUUACGGAUGGUCCAGUCGUUGUCCAGAUUGAGGAUUUGAGCUUGGAGAUUGGCUUCAAGCCAACUUGGUCCAACCUGCGAGCAUACCAGGGAUACUUCCACUGCAGUGAUGAGCUUCUGAAUCGCAUAUGGUACAGUGGUGCCUAUACUCUGCAGACAAACGAGGUGCCAGUCAAUACGGGCCGAGUCACGAAAGGCAUUACUUCUGGGUGGGUCAAUAAUGGAACACUCGGACCGGGAGACACCAUCAUCGUGGAUGGCGCCAAGCGAGAUCGUGCGGUAUGGCCUGGAGACAUGGGAAUUGCCGUCCCUUCGGCAUUUGUUAGUCUGGGAGAUUUGGAAAGCGUGAAGAAUGCUCUGCAAAUCAUGUACACGACACAGGACAAAUCUACAGGCGCAUUUGAUGAAUCUGGACCUCCACUGAGUCAGAAGGACUCGGAUACGUACCAUAUGUGGUCAAUGAUUGGGACCUACAACUAUGUGCUCUAUACAAACGACACCGAGUUCUUGUUGAAGAACUGGGAUGGCUAUAUGCAUGCAAUGGACUACAUUUAUGGCAAGGUGACUCUGCCAACUGGUCUUCUCAACGUCACUGGUACACGAGACUGGGCCAGAUGGCAGCAAGGCUACAACAACUCUGAGGCCCAAAUGAUUCUUUACCAUACACUACAGACAGGAUCAACUCUUGCUUCAUGGGUUGGAGACUCGACCAAUCUAUCAAGCACAUGGACAGCACAAGCAGCCGAUCUCAAGAGAGCAAUCAACACCUACUGCUGGGACGAAUCGUAUGGCGCGUUCAAAGAUAACGCGACCGAAACUACCCUACACCCACAGGAUGCCAACAGCAUGGCAAUAAUGUUUGGCGUUGUCGAUGAAGAUCGUGCAGCCAGUAUCUCCGAGAAGCUCCUUGAGAACUGGACACCAAUCGGGGCGGUGGCUCCCGAGCUACCAGAGAACAUUGCUUCGUUCAUAUCCUCCUUCGAAAUCCAGAGUCAUUUCCUAGCCCGUCAGCCAUUACGCGCCCUGGAUCUCAUCCGCCGCAGCUGGGGCUGGUACAUCAACAACCCCAAUGGCACAGAGAGCACUGUGAUAGAGGGCUAUCUCCAGAACGGCACUUUUGGGUACCGGAUGAACCGCGGCUAUGGAUAUGACCCUUCAUAUGUUUCCCAUGCCCAUGGAUGGUCAGCGGGUCCGACUUCCGCCUUGACUGAGUAUAUUGUUGGGUUGUCUGUGAUUUCGCCUCUGGGGUUGGAGUGGAAGAUUGCUCCACAGUUUGGGGACUUGAAAUUUGCCCAAGCAGGGUUUGUGACCUCCCUCGGGAAGUUCCAAGCAUCCUGGGAGCGUAAGUCCAGUGGGUAUACUCUAGAAUUCACGGUGCCGAAGGGUUCUGUGGGGAAUGUUACGUUACCCUAUAUCACCAAGUCAAAGAAGCCUUCGAUCACUAUCGACGGUGAUCAAUUGACGAGAGGGGUGACUUAUGUGGACGACGCUGCGACUGUUCGAGUGACAGGUGGCUCUCACAGAGUAGUUGUCAAAUAA